UGUUUUUACUACUUUUCUUUUCUUUCUCUUGGCGGCAGCGUUGCACGCGGUUUGUCUGCAGACGACGUAACUUACCGGCAUAAGGAAUUAUAUAAUUUUUUAGAAAACAUGAAUUCAAAGCCGAAAUAUAAAGUUGCCGACAUAUCUCUGGCCGACUUUGGUCGCAAAGAGAUUGUGAUGGCAGAGAACGAGAUGCCUGGCCUGAUGACCCUGCGGAAGAAAUAUGGGCCCUCGCAACCCCUGAAGGGGGCACGGAUAGCCGGUUGUCUGCACAUGACCAUCCAGACCGCUGUUCUUAUUGAGACCUUGCUGGAUCUUGGAGCCGAGGUCCAGUGGUCCAGUUGCAAUAUCUUCUCAACCCAAGAUCAUGCUGCUGCAGCCAUCGCUCUGAGAGGAGUCCCUGUAUAUGCAUGGAAAGGUGAAACCGAUGAGGAGUACAUUUGGUGCAUUGAACAGACAAUAGUAUUUCCCGAUGGACAACCCCUGAAUAUGAUUCUGGAUGAUGGUGGUGAUUUAACUGCUUUAGUGCAUGAAAAAUAUCCCCAAUUUCUCUCUGGCAUUCGUGGUGUAUCUGAGGAAACCACCACUGGAGUACACGCCCUGUACAAAAUGCUGAAUAGUGGCAAGCUGAAAGUGCCUGCCAUCAAUGUGAAUGACUCUGUUACCAAGAGUAAGUUUGACAAUCUGUAUGGCUGCCGUGAAUCGUUGACGGAUGGCAUCAAGCGUGCUACUGACAUCAUGUUGGCGGGCAAGGUGUGUGUCGUUGCUGGCUUUGGGGAUGUCGGCAAAGGCAGUGCCGCCUCCCUCCGUGCCUUUGGAGCCAGAGUCAUCAUCACCGAGAUUGAUCCCAUCAAUGCUUUACAAGCUGCUAUGGAAGGUUAUGAAGUAACAACCAUGGAAGAAGCAUGUAAAAGUGCCCAAGUGUAUGUGACGACGACUGGUUGUCGUGACAUCAUCCGUGGUGAACACUUCAUGGCAAUGAGAGAUGAUUCCAUCGUCUGCAACAUUGGCCAUUUUGAUAUUGAAAUUGAUGUCAAGUGGCUGGAUACCAAUGCUGUAGAAAAAAUAAACAUCAAACCUCAGGUCGACAGAUACAAGCUCCCAAAUGGUAACCACAUUAUUCUGCUGGCAGAGGGCCGCCUGGUGAACUUAGGUUGUGCCACCGGACAUCCCAGUUUUGUCAUGAGCAACUCAUUCACAAACCAAGUCAUGGCACAGAUUGAGCUGUGGACCAAACCUGAGAACUAUCCAGUUGGGGUCUACUUCCUACCGAAAAAGCUAGAUGAAGAAGUGGCUGCCUUACAUCUUGAUCAUCUGGGAGUGAAAUUGACAAAACUCACUGACAGUCAAGCCUCCUAUCUAUCACUCAACAAGGAAGGUCCCUUCAAGCCUGGGCAUUACCGAUAUUAGCAACAGAAUUGCUGUGUAUAAUCAUUGACUGGAGAUUAGUUUAUAAAUAAAAAUUCAAUUUUGUUUUUUAA